AUGGAUACGAAGAUGGACGUUGACGUGGGAAAACCAGCGCAGCCUCAUGGCUUAUCUCCUGCCACUGACCCACAAUCAAUACCGACCCUCGAUGGUUGGAUCGAGAGCUUGAUGGACUGUAAACAGUUGGCGGAGAGUGACGUAUCAAGACUUUGCGACAGAGCCAGAGAAGUUCUCCAAGAAGAGUCAAACGUACAGCCAGUGAAAUGUCCUGUCACAGUCUGCGGCGACAUCCAUGGUCAGUUCCACGACUUGAUGGAACUCUUUCGCAUCGGGGGUCCCAACCCGGAUACGAACUACCUCUUUAUGGGAGACUAUGUAGAUCGUGGUUAUUACUCCGUCGAGACCGUGACCCUUCUUGUCGCGCUCAAAAUCCGAUACCCUGCCCGCAUCACCAUUCUCCGCGGAAACCAUGAGUCCAGGCAGAUCACCCAGGUCUACGGUUUCUACGAUGAAUGCCUGCGGAAAUAUGGCAACGCCAACGUCUGGAAAUACUUCACCGAUCUCUUCGAUUACCUGCCCCUUACCGCUCUGAUCGACAACCAGAUCUUCUGCCUGCAUGGCGGGCUUUCUCCCAGUAUUGACACCCUCGACAACAUCCGAUCACUUGACCGAAUCCAAGAAGUUCCUCAUGAAGGUCCCAUGUGUGAUCUUCUGUGGAGCGAUCCUGAUGACCGAUGCGGAUGGGGCAUCAGUCCUAGAGGAGCUGGAUACACAUUUGGGCAAGACAUCUCAGAAGCGUUCAACCAUAACAAUGGCUUGACGCUGGUUGCCAGAGCUCAUCAAUUGGUCAUGGAGGGCUACAACUGGAGUCAGGAUCGCAAUGUGGUGACGAUUUUCAGCGCUCCCAAUUACUGCUACAGAUGUGGUAAUCAAGCUGCCAUCAUGGAGAUCGAUGAGCAUCUGAAGUAUACCUUCUUGCAAUUUGAUCCAUGUCCCCGAGCUGGCGAGCCAAUGGUCAGUCGAAGAACACCAGACUAUUUCCUCUAA